GAGAGGGAGACGGCAGAGGAGGAGGAGGAGGAAGAAGGGUGAGAGCGAGCGGGGGGCGGAGCUUAAGCUGUCGCGAGCCCUCGCUCUGUCCGUCACUCCCUGUGCGGAGCCGUUUGUUGCUGUUUGUUGUUAUCCCCCCCCACCGAAGGGGCGGGAGAAACUUACCCUUCUUAUCCGUUGCUGGUGGCUGUUCAACCCCCCGGAAAUAUGCCGCUCUUCACCAGCAACCCCUUCGACCAGGAUGUGGAAAAAGCAACCAGUGAAAUGAAUACUGCCGAAGACUGGGGGCUCAUCUUAGAUAUUUGUGAUAAAGUUGGACAGUCACGAACUGGACCUAAAGAUUGUCUUCGGUCUAUUAUGAAGAGAGUGAACCACAAGGAUCCUCAUGUUGCUAUGCAAGCACUCACUCUUUUAGGAGCAUGUGUCUCAAAUUGUGGUAAAAUAUUUCAUUUAGAAGUAUGUUCAAGAGAUUUUGCUAGUGAAGUAAGCAACGUGCUGAAUAAGGGUCAUCCAAAAGUUUGUGAAAAAUUAAAAGCACUCAUGGUGGAAUGGACAGAUGAAUUCAAGAACGAUCCCCAACUUAGUCUGAUAUCUGCUAUGAUAAAGAAUCUUAAGGAGCAAGGUGUUAUGUUUCCAGUUAUUGGUUCACAGGCUGCAGAACAAGCAAAAGCAAGCCCAGCUCUAGUAGCUAAAGAUCCUGGAAUAGUAGCAAACAAAAAGGAAGAGGAGGACCUAGCUAAAGCCAUUGAAUUGUCACUUAAGGAACAAAGACAACAACAAACACCGCUUUCCAGUCUUUAUCCAAGCACCUCAAGCCUCUUAACAAAUCACAAGCAUGAGGGCCGAAAGGUUCGGGCUAUUUAUGACUUUGAAGCUGCUGAAGAUAAUGAAUUAACAUUUAAAGCUGGAGAACUUAUCACUGUGCUUGAUGACAGUGAUCCAAACUGGUGGAAAGGUGAAACUCAUCAAGGGACAGGAUUAUUUCCUUCUAAUUUUGUAACUGCUGAUCUUACUGCUGAACCAGAAAUGAUGAAAGCCGAGAAGAAAACAGUGCAAUUUAGUGAUGAAGUUCAAGUUGAAACAAUUGAACCAGAGCCUGAACCAGUUUAUAUCGAUGAAGAUAAAAUGGACCAACUGUUACAAAUGUUGCAAAGUGCAGAUCCAACUGAUGAUCAGCCAGACCUCCCGGAGCUGAUCCAUCUUGAAGCAAUGUGCCAUCAAAUGGGACCUCUCAUUGAUGAAAAGCUAGAAGACAUUGACAGGAAACAUUCAGAGCUCUCAGAGCUCAAUGUUAAAGUGAUGGAGGCACUCUCUUUAUAUACCAAGUUGAUGAAUGAGGAUCCAGUGUAUUCGAUGUAUUCAAAACUACAAAACCAACAGUAUUAUAUGGCUCAAUCUGGUGUUUCUGGCUCUCAGGUUUAUCCAGGGCACCCUCAAAGCAAUGCAUACUUGGUAGCAGGAAAUGCACAGAUGAGUCAUGUUCAAGCUUACAGUCUUCCAUCGGAGCAACUUCCACCUCUGAAUCAAAGCACAGUUCCUCCAGCAGCAAGCUCUGGAUUACCUACCCAGCCUGUUCAGACACCUUACACAAAGUAAUAAUGGAUGUUGUUU